AUGUCAACUACUAUUCAAAAUAUCGAUCAAGUAUCUACAGAUGCUAAGUCCUCUAUUCCAACCUGGCAAGAUAUCGAAAAAGCUAUAGUUAAUAUAGUAAAAGCAGGCGUCUAUUAUAAAAAAGAAAAGGAUGGCAAGUUUAUGCAAAAUUAUAAAAAGCGAUAUACUGAAUUACAUCAAGCUGAAGAUCCAGAUAUUUAUAUCUUGAACAAUGCAAAGAGAAUAUAUCCUAAUGAGGAUAAAUAUAUAUCAAUGAAAAGUCAAUAUCAGGAAUGGUAUAAAAAUGAACCAAAAAUUCUUCAAGCUGUAUUAAAACUUAGUGAUUUAUAUUAUCAAUUAGCCAAAAACCACUUUGCUACUAAUGAAGAAAUCGAAGAAGAAGCAGAUGACUUAGCAUAUACAUGUUUUAAUUUUCGAGCUUCAGCAGGAGACAUACCAAUUAAUCGGGUUUUAGUAUUAUCUAUCUUUUCAAGAAAUAUAGGAAGAUCAUUCACCCAAGCUCUACAACGUUCCAUUGGAGGUAAUAACAACUCUACACCAUCUUGA